UCAAAUGUUCAGUAGAUAGAAACCAAUCACAUGCGUCUGCUGUCCUAAAAGCCAUGAAGCGUUCCUGGGACUUUUCUCUCUCCAAACCAAGGACACAUGGACACAGAGAAAACACCGGGGUUGCCAAAAAGUAGGAGAAAAAUAGACGUCAAGCCAAAUUAUUCAAGAUGACUUUACCUGGCCCACGUGUGAUCAGUCAGGGGAUGUGAUGAGAGAGUGAUUAUGGAUGUUUGAAGCGUAGGCUAUAAUUAGGCUAUUUUACGAACCAGCUGGGCUCACAAAAAAAGAGGAAGCAUAUCGACGUGUGGGUAAUACACGAUGUUGGAUGAAUAGCCUACUGUUUUGAAGAGAAUGAGAUAUGGAUAACUUUACAAAUGAAACGCAAGUUCUGUCGAACGGCACAGACGAGGGGAGCGAGCGCCAAGACAGUGUCCGAGCGUUGAUCAUCGGUUUCCUCCUGUUCCUCCUCAUAGUCUCGACUCUGCUUGGAAACAUGCUUGUUUGCGCGGCGGUUGUAAAAUUCAGGCACCUCCGCUCCAAAGUGACCAACUUUUUUGUAAUUUCUCUGGCGGUAUCGGAUCUGUUUGUGGCGGUUCUGGUGAUGCCAUGGGAAGCUAUCUCGGCGGUAGCAGGUUCGUGGCUCUUUGGCAAUUUCUGUGGCGUUUGGAUCGCUUUUGACAUCAUGUGUUCCACUGCAUCAAUCCUAAAUUUGUGCAUCAUAAGUCUGGAUAGAUACUGGGCUAUCGCAAGCCCGUUUAGGUAUGAACGUAAGAUGACACACAGAAUGGCAUUCAUGAUGAUUGGGUUGGCAUGGACCCUGUCCAUCCUCAUAUCUUUCAUACCUGUCCAACUCAACUGGCACAUGGCAGAGGGGGACGCAGAGGACGCACACAGCAUCAACCAGACCAUAAACUGCAAAGCUAACCUGAACAAAACCUACGCCAUCUCUUCGUCUCUAAUAAGCUUUUACAUUCCUGUGAUCAUAAUGAUUGCCACUUAUACAAGGAUUUUCCGUAUUGCGCAAACACAAAUAAGACGAAUAUCCUCUUUGGAGAGGGCUGCCGAGCAAGCGCAAAAUAACUUACAUACCGACUGCUCCACUGAAAGCUCAUUGAAAACAACUUUUAAGAAAGAGACCAAAGUUUUAAAAACUCUUUCAGUCAUAAUGGGCGUGUUUGUGUGUUGCUGGCUUCCUUUCUUUGUUCUAAACUGCAUGGUGCCAUUCUGUCAGUGCGUCAGCGACACAACGUUCACUAUAUUCGUUUGGUUCGGUUGGGCGAAUUCGUCCUUAAAUCCUGUCAUAUACGCCUUCAAUGCGGAUUUUAGGAAAGCAUUUUCCUCUAUCUUAGGUUGUAACAAAAUUUGUCCAAGUAACACCGUGGAAGCAGUCAACUUCAGUAACGAACUGGUGUCCUAUCAUCAUGACACGACUCUCCAAAAAGACGCACAACCAUUAGUCAUUCCACUUCCACACGAAGUGGUCAGUUCUAGGGAGGACACUGGCUUGCCCUUUGACAAGGUGUCGGUGACUUCUAAUGUGUCUCGAAACCACAAACAUAUGCUGUUGCCAGCUAUUGGACACUAUGAGUGUGAUGGAGAGAUCUCUUUGGACACAAUCACACCAUUCACCUCCACCGCGCUCGAAUGUGAUGGAUUACCAGGCCAAAAUGAUAAGUAAUAAUAAGGGGAUUAUCAGGGAAGUAGCCCCGUUUAUAUACCUUUUGAAUCAUUUGUGAUAUGGUGUGUAAAUAGUAAUGCUGUAUAUGUUUCAA